CAGGAGUCACCUCUCUGCAUUGCUGUUUUACAUGGAGUAAUGCCUGUGACAACUUGUUUGAAUUCUAGGGAGCAUGCGGUACUUGUACGAGGACACUGGACCUGAAAGAACAGCAGAGGGAGUAGCGAGAGACAUGGAGCUUGCUCUCCAACUUGAAACUCCAAUAAACGGCAUCAAGGGACCUUCACCGCUGCUUGGCUUACGCACCUUUGAUCUGGUGUGGGGGUUCACAGUCGAUUAUAUGCAUUGUGUCCUCCAGGGUGUCACUAAGCAGUUUGCAGAGCUGUGGUUCGCAUCAUGUCACUCGGAAGAGCGAUUUUACAUAGGAAGCCCAGCCACCUUGAGCGUGGUAAACAGACGCCUUCUCAGCAUCAGGCCACCUCACUGCUUCACUCGUCUGCCCAGAUCCAUCACAGAGCGUAGCUUUUGGAAGGCCAGCGAGUGGCGCCUGUGGGUGUUGUUUUACGGUCUACCUUGCACUCUUGGCCUGCUGCCAGACAAGUAUUGGAAGCAUUUUUCCAAGCUGUCAGAUGCACUCCACAUCUUGCUCUCAGAAACACUGACUGCUCGAAUGAUCGACCAAGCUGGGCAUCUUCUGGAGCAGUUCGUAUCAAGUGCGGCAUCCCUGUAUGGAGAAAGCUGUAUGAAAUUUAAUGUACACCAGCUCCUCCACCUCCCUAAAGCUGCGCAACAGAUGGGACCCCUGUGGGCCCAUUCCGCAUUUGUAUUUGAAAGUGGUAAUGGCUCAUUAGUUAAACUGGUGACAGCGUCAAAAGGCAUUCCUCAACAAAUAGUUGAGAGAGUUGCUCUCUCUCAGAAGCUGAACUUCUUUCUGGCAGCAGAUCUGGUUUCUGGCCGUACGAAGGUCCUUUGCAUGGGUAUGCUGGGUGAGAAGAGGCUACAGAGUGCAUGCUACGUUGGGAACAUUUGCAUGUUGGGCAAAGCGAAGACUAUAUGCUUCACGCCCUCAGAAAGAAGUGAAGUAGCGAAAGUUUGUGGUGCCUGCCCAAAUGUUAGUAGCGAGUACACUAGGGCUGUGCAUCAAGACCAAGUGUAUCACAGUCAAGCUUAUUCACGUGCCACGAAGAGCAACUCCUCUGCAGUAAGGACAGCGGCAGGGCGGUACUACAUUGUAUGCCGCAUAAUUGUUGUGAAUGUAAACAAUGAAGGACAGAGGUGCUUGCUGUUGUGCAAGGAAAUGGUAACAGUGGACAGUGCCCUGCCUGCACACAUAAAAGAGUGUUUUGUUGACCCAGUAUCAACAGUCUCUGCUAUUGAUAUGCUGGAUGUCCAAAGCCCAUGUCUGUUUAUCAGGUUUGAUUCUGAAGAGAAGUGUUAUAUUUGUGACCUUCCUAAUGUGAUUGAGCGUGAUUGA